UUUUUGACUUUUUUCUUUUUUUCACGGAUUUGACUUUGAGCGAACUUUUCAUUUACAUUAUAGUUAUCAUUUAAUCAUUGACUAAUUAUUCUCGUUAUUUAUUAAUAAUAAUAUAGCGUUGUAUAACUUUAUGCUGUUUCUCGCACCGAACUUUUGCGAUUGUUAAAGUUAAAAACGAUCUUGUAUAAUUUUUUAUAGAGAAUGGUUGCUACUACUGUUGUACGCAAAAUGUGUUCAUGUAGUAUUCGAUUACUACCUUUAUUGAGAUCACAUUCUUUGCUAAGAACGCCGAUGCUAUCGCGAUUAUUAAUUCAAAGAUUGACAUCAUCAUCACCUUCUCAAUUCAGCAAAACUGAAGCCCAUAGUGCUCAGUCUAGCAACUUACCUCAUGCCAAUAUUGGCACCAUUGGCCAUGUAGAUCAUGGGAAGACAACACUGACUGCGGCUAUCACCAAAGUCUUGCAGAAGGAUGGGUUGGCCAAGUAUGUGUCAUACGAUGCGAUUGACAAAGCACCAGAAGAAAAGGCACGAGGCAUUACAAUCAACAUCGCUCACGUGGAAUAUUCCACUAAAAAUAGACACUACGCUCAUACAGACUGUCCUGGUCAUGCCGACUUUAUCAAAAACAUGAUUUCUGGAACUUCCCAAAUGGAUGGAGCCAUCGUGGUAGUUGCUGCGACAGACGGCCAGAUGCCUCAAACUAGAGAGCACCUUUUACUUGCGAAACAGGUUGGCGUGAAGCAUCUAGUAGUCUUUAUCAAUAAAGCUGAUAUAGCUGACAGCGAAAUGACCGAAUUGGUGGAGAUCGAAAUGCGGGAAUUAAUUUCCGAUUUCGGCUUCGACGGCAUAGCAACUCCAGUCAUUUGCGGCUCAGCUUUGUUGGCAUUGAAAGGCGAUGAGAGUAGAAUGGGCGUCCCAUCCAUUAGGAGACUACUAGCAGCCAUCGACGAAUACGUUCCUACACCUCAAAGAGACGUCACAUCACCGUUCUGGAUGGCAAUUGACAGCGCAUUCACCGUACCUGGCCGAGGGACUGUGGUCACGGGAACUAUAAAGAAGGGAACGCUGAAGAAAGGUGAUGAAACCGAACUCUUGGGGCAUAAUUCAGCCAUCAAAACAGUGGUGACGGACGUCCAGGUGUUUCGGAAGUCAGUACCUCUUGCAGAAGCUGGUGAAAACGUUGGUCUCUUACUGCGUUCCAUCAAACUGGAUCGGGUCCAGCGAGGUAUGAUGCUGGUGGCCGCCAAUAGUGCAACAAUUGGCAAUCGUUACCAAGCUCAGCUGUACCUGUUAACGCGAGGUGAAGGAGGCCGUAGCCGUCCCGUCAUCUCAGGCUACAUUCAACAAAUCUUUAGUGCAACAUGGAAUUUAGCUGUGCGAGUGGAUAUGCCGAGUGACAAAGACAUGCUUAUGCCAGGAGAUCACUCCGUCGUCAACCUCACCUUGCUCAAGCGAAUGGCCGUCGAACCCGGACAAACUUUCACGAUCAGAGAAAACAAUUACAAUGUUGCGACCGGCAUCAUCACCAAGAAAUUGAGUGAUGCCACUUUAGUUAAAGGAGAUUCUCUGGACAAAAUAACUGUGGCCGACUAAUUGUCUUGGGUUAUAUAGUUCUUCGAGCAAGGAUCGUCGCCUUUAUUACGAGCCAUGAAUUAUUGUUUUACAGUUCUUUGUGUUAUCCGGUACAACCUAACCUUGCGUUAUGUGAUAGAAUAUCAAGAUUUAAUAAUGAAAGUCCGUACAACGACCCUGCUUCACUCGGCUACACUCCAUAAAUCGGAGGGAAAGUUGAUGCCUUAUUAGGUUUUGAUCCAACAAUAAUUUGUGUUUAUUUUGUCUUAAUGGUCACAGAAAUUUUUCCACAAGUUCAAUCAAAUAUCAAAUUGCGACAUAGUUAGGUGUGACAGCUAUUGAUGAUUACAUUAAAACAUAGCCAUUAUGUAACGUUGCAGUGAAUUACAUUAAUAUUGCUUCAAAAUAAUAUUGAAGGAUUCAUAUUAUACCUUUUCCAAAUAACUCUUCCAAUGCCGGAUAAAAAUUUGGAUAAUCAAUGGGACUUUCUCCACCAUUUUUUGUGCCUUUAAUUUAUUUUUUAUUGAGUUCUGAACAAACGACUUCUCAAAAACAUUUGGCAUGCAUUGUUUGAAUAAAAAUGAGCAUAAGUAGCAUCCAGCUGAA